AUUUCUCAUUAAAUAUAUACGAUCCACUUUCUGUAAUCAAUUUUUCUCAUCUGAUUGCCGAAUUUUCGUUCAAGAUUCCGGCCCAACUUUUAGUACAGGCUGGUCAAUGCAAUUAAGAACGUACGCCUGAGAAUAUUUCUGCCGAAAUAAAUCGAGUAUGAUAUCGACGAUCCUGAAAACGUGUGUCAUUCUGACCACAUUGCAUUCGACCACUUCGUCAAAAAUAUCCGAAUCUUGUCAAAUCUACAGCGAUUUGACCAAGCAAGAAUUUUUCGCUGACAAGAGUAACUUACUGUAUGAUUUUUUAAGCCAUGAAAGACACAACGAAUACAUCAACGCGCCUUCAGGUUUCGGUAAAACGACAGCUUUGCAUAUGCUCAACUGUUUUUUAAACGUCCAAUUAAACGAUGUACUCAGAGCAGUCCCUGCCGACCAAAGCCACGCUCACGAAAUCUUCAAAGACUUGAAAAUUUCUCAACAUACGAAUAUUGUCUCAAACUACAUGGCUCAAAUACCGGUAAUCAACUUGAAUUUGAGUUUUUCUUUCGAGCCAACAGACGUCAUAACCCAUGAAAUGGUGCUUUCGCAAUUGAAUUCUAAUUUGAAGAAAUGUUUUCAAGAAUACGACUGGGUGCCAUUAGAGUCUUUAAAUAAAAGCGAUAAUGCGUUUGUGGUAACAGCGUUGGAAGGCAAGCUGAAAAAAACACAAGUCGAAAGAAGUCUCUCCUUAUUGAAUACUCUGCUUAGAACGAAUUUUAAAAGAAGACCGAUUCUAUUGAUAGACGAAUACGAUUCAUUAUACAACUACCUUAUACAAGCCGGUGAUCAAGUUCAAGAAGGGUAUAACCUGAUCAACAGAAUGCUGGAAAAUGCCAUUUAUCAAUUCGCGAAUACUUCGAUUGAUUACACGUUUAUGGUAGGUAUAAGUAGUGUACCGGUAUUCUCGGCUGCAGAUUUAGCCAUACACGUGUUCCACGAAGAAUUCACCAUCGCUCACAGAUUCGUACCGUAUUUCGGAUUCACUAACGAUGAGAUGAGAACACUAUUCCACAAAUACAACUGCAGCGACGAAGAGAAAGAAAACAUCACGAGAAAUUACGGAAAUUACGCGAUAAGAAACGGCAGUCUUUAUAUUACGAAUUCGAUCGCUCAGUAUUUCAAGAACAGAGAUCCGGCUGAUACGAGUAUGAAACUUUACUGGAAACAUACCAAAGCUAUAAAUCUGUUCUUCUUUUUCUACGACGUGCCUUCGUUUACGAAAAGAAUUUUCGAUAUACUUGCCGGCGAGGCCCCAGUCAAAUUACAAAUUGAUACAUCUUCGGUAACCUUUAAAGCCCUACGUUAUCUGGCUAGUAAUAUUACAAAUUCUACGGACGAAUCGGAUGAUCAUAUUUUACAUCCGUUACUUUUAGAGCAAGGAUAUCUCACAAGGACUGAGGACCGUGAUAUGUACUUGUUGCCUAAUCUAGAAGCCUAUCAUAGCUUGAAUAACAAUAUUUUGAAUUAUUACAGCAAACGGAUGAAUGAUACGCAACAUCUCAGGCAGUACAUUCCAAAAAUUUAAUACAUUUUGGUUGCAUACCCAUACAUACAUCAUAUUUGGCAUCUUUUGAACGAGAAAUAGUUUUUGUGAUCGUGCGUUUUAACAAUUUGAAUUGUGUAUUCGAUAUCGAAGUUUGAUGACUCGUCAAAUGUAAGCAAAAAAUUAUUUAAAAAAUGAAAAAAGAUAUCCUCGCACAUCAGAAAUCAUUUUCAAAUGUCAGAUACUAGUCAAUAAAUUACUUAUCAACACAA